UUACCAAGGAUUGAGGACACCGAACAAUGCCUGGCUACUCGGUGAAACUGAAGGGGGAGGGUACCGACCCGAAGUACUGCUGUUCCUGCUGUGCUCUACUGCUGAAUGAGCCAAGACAAACAUCCUGUGGACAUCGGUACUGUAAAUCAUGUUUGGAAGACCUGAAUGGGGCCAGUGCAGGACAUCUCACAUGUAAGGUACCAUCAUGUGGUAACAGCAUCAACAUCGGAGAGCUGUUUCCAGAUAGGGCCAUUGAGAAGGAGAUUCAAAAGUUUGAAGUGUUCUGUGACAACAACGAUGAUGGUUGCACAUGGGAGGGACGCCUACGACAGCUUCAGACCCAUCUUGGUGAGUGUGAGUAUGAGAAGAUCGCCUGCAUCCACAAGGACUGCGGGGAGAGAAUCCCAAGGAGGGACCUUUCCAAACAUCUUACAGACAUCUGUGCGCUCCGGGCUACUACCUGCCAGUGGUGUAAGGAGUCUCACUCAUUCAAGGAUAUUGUGAAACACCAGGAGUCGUGCCCCAUGGCCCCUGCCCGGUGUAAGUGGUGCGGUAAGAAGGGUCUGACCCGCUCACAGCUGCAGGACCAUCAACAUCCGCAGACUGGAGACUGUCCCAACAUGAAACUGCCGUGUCACUUCGAACCAGUAGGAUGUCAGGAAAAGCUGGAAAAAAAGCAACAUGGCGACCACCAGAAGAAGACCAUCGAAGCUCAUCUCAACAUGGUUCUCACCAUGCUCCUCCAACUGGCAACAAACGUGGAGGGGUACCGGGACCAGGACAUUGAGGCUCAAGAGAACAUGCGCGUUGUCAUUCCUCGACUGGACAAGAACAUCAAAGACCAAGACAGCAAGAUUACUCAGUUGGUGCAGAAGCUAUCCGAUUACCAGUCUGAGGGGGGGACGGCGUCAGAAUCAAGCGGCUUGAAGGCGGCACUGGAGAAUCGAGUUGAACAGAUGCGGGCUAAAGUUGAAAUCAUGACGAAGAAGCUCGCCGCCUGGGAACCAAGCGUCGGCACGUUUGAGGGGAUCGUCGCCGUUCUCAAUCGUGAAAUCGAAAAAUGUAGCUCCCAGAUGGAGACGCACGAACGACAACGUCGUCAGGACAUCGAGAUUCUGGAGAGGAAGGUCAGAUCUCUGGAAAGGAUCAUCGCUCUGAAGGACGCUAGCGCUGUCCAUGCGGAACAAUGCCUCCUAAACCAGACAAUGACCAGCUAUGACGGCAUCCUGACAUGGAAGAUCACAGACUUCACCCGUAAGCGCCACGACGCCAUCACGGGGAAGACAACCUUUAUCUACUCGCCGUAUUUCUUCACCAGCCGUACAGGGUACAAGAUGUGCGCCCGGAUCUACCUGAACGGAGACGGGAUGGGGAAGGGCACUCAUGUCAGCCUGUUCUUCGUCCUGAUGAGGGGGCACUUUGACAGGUUGCUGCGCUGGCCUUUUAGACAAAAGGUGACCUUCCUGCUUCUGGACCUAAAUAACCGAGAACACGUGAUCGACGCGUUCCGUCCUAACCCGACCAGCUCGUCCUUCCAGCGGCCCACCAGUGACAUGAACAUCGCCAGUGGAUGUCCGCUCUUCGUGCCGCACAGUCAGCUGGACAGCAGUAGCCAUGCCUAUGUCGACGAGGACACCAUGUUCAUCAGGGUCAUAGUAGACACCGCUGAUCUUCAUUAAAGCACAACCCGUACGUGCUUUUUGUCUGUACGUUAUUGUUUUUUAUG